UAUAAGAUAGGGAGGGAGCAGCCCAUGGCUGGCCAAGUAAAAUCUCCGGGCGGCUUUUACACAUUAACCAUUUCACAUUUCACUUCUUCCUUUGUUGACUACCGGAACAAGUCGCCGAUUUAUCGGCCAUUGUGUCUGCACGUUUCCGGCGAAGAAAUGAGUGAACGAUGGAGAUUCAAACGGUUCAAGCUUCAGAUGGCGACGGCGUUGGCUGUUUUUCUGAUAAUUCAUCAGAGCUUGAGCUUCUGUUGGUGUCUCAAUAGCGAAGGGAUGGCGCUGUUGAAGUUUCGGGAAAGAGUGGUGAGAGAUCCAUUUGGAGCUCUAUUGAACUGGAAUGUUCAUGGAGGAGAUGUCGAUCCCUGUUCUUGGUUCGGAGUUGAGUGCUCCGAUGGAAAAGUAAUUAUCUUGAACUUGAAAGACCUUUGCCUUGAAGGGAAAUUAGCACCUGAGCUUGGGAAGCUGACAUACAUGCGAUCUAUUAAUUUACGCAACAACUCCUUUUGUGGAAAUAUUCCUGCGGAGGUUGCAGAAUUGAAGGAGCUGGAGGUAUUGGAUUUAGGAUACAAUAACUUCAGUGGGCCAAUUCCAUCCAAUCUUGGCAAUAACUUGUCAUUAGCCAUUCUUUUACUGGAUAACAACAAGUUUCUUGAUAGCAUACCUCAUGAACUUUUUGAACUUACGACACUUUCUAAACUUCAAGUAGAUGAGAACCAGCUAAAUAAUGGUGCUCUAGGGGCUAGUUGUGACAGCAGAUCUAAUGCUUGGUUCACUGUACGAGAUGGAAACGUAGCUCAACGGAGGCUGCUGGAGGUGUUAAAUGCUCCCAAUCCAGCAGAAGAUAAAGAGUCAUCACAAUUGCCUUCUCCAUCUUCAUCACCAUCAUCUUCUUUGUCCUCGUUGCCUUCACCAACAAUAUCACAAUUACCAUCGACACUUUCACCUUCACUCUCACCAUUAGUUUCACCACUCUCAUCUUCUUCAUUUCCCCCAUUAGCAUCUAUAUCACUACCACCAGAAUCUCCAAAUCUUUCCCCAUCAGAUUCUUCUGCCCCUUCUCCCUCACCUGUGCCACCACCAACUUCAGUUCCAUUAGCUAUUCCAAGUUCCCCUAGUCAAUCUGAAUCACCGGUGCAUCAUCCUGCUCGCUUGCCUUCUCCUGCUUCAGCCCCUAGCAAAAUGGUACAAAAGACUUCCAAGUUGAAGCAUCAUAGAAUUCUGUUGUGGUCUGGAGUGACAGGCGGUUCUUUGUUCAUCUUCUUUUCAAUUCUUGGCAUUUUUUUCUGUCGAAGCACUAAGGUGGUUGCUGUCAAACCUUGGAAGACAGGAUUAAGUGGGCAGCUGCAGAAAGCAUUUGUAACAGGUGUACCAAACCUCCAGAGAUCAGAACUAGAAACAGCUUGUGAAGAUUUUAGUAAUAUAAUCGGUUCUCUAUCAGAUGGGACAGUGUACAAAGGGACCCUUUCAAGUGGAGUUGAAAUAGCAGUAACAUCCACAGCAGUUAGGUCUGCUGAAGACUGGUCAAAGAAUUUGGAAGCUCAGUUCAGAAAGAAGAUUGACGCACUAUCUAAAGUGAACCACAAGAACUUUGUGAACCUUAUUGGCUAUUGUGAGGAGAAGGAGCCUUUCACCAGGAUGAUGGUUUUUGAGUAUGCUCCAAAUGGAACACUGUUCGAGCAUCUACACAUAAAAGAAGCUGAGCACUUGGAUUGGGGAAUGCGAUUGCGAAUAGCCAUGGGCAUGGCAUACUGCCUUGAGCAUCUGCACCAGCUCUCCCCACCCAUAGCCCACGGAAACUUGCAUUCUUCUUCUGUAUAUCUAACAGAAGACUAUGCAGCAAAAAUAUCAGACUUCAGAUUCUGGAACGAGAUAACUGCAACAAAGAUGGGUUCAUCUGCCACAGAGCUCUUGGCGACAGCAAGUACAGAUACAGAGAGCAAUGUGUAUAGCUUUGGAGUAAUUUUGUUUGAAAUGGUAACAGGUAGGCUUCCAUACUCGGUAGAUAAUGGCUCUCCAGUGGACUGGGCGUCUCACUACUUGAAGGCUGGACAACCCCUGAAACACAUGAUCGACCCUACUUUAAAAUCUUUUAAAGAGGAAGAGGUUAAGAAGCUCUCUGAAGUGAUAAAGGACUGUGUCAAUCCUGAUCCCAACAGCAGACCAACAAUGAAAGAGGUCACAGCUAGGUUGAAGGAGAUCACAGCCAUCGGGCCUGAUGGAGCAACGCCAAAACUGUCGCCUCUCUGGUGGGCUGAACUUGAGAUUUUGACUACAGAAGCAAGUUAAGGUGAAAUCAAGCUGCAAAGUACAAAGCCAUUCUCUUCCUCCUUUAAUUUCUUUCUCUAAUCUGUUUCCAAUUGUCUCUUUAACAGUUUUUCAAAGUGUUAAGCAAAACUGUUGAGCUGUAAAUUUGUUCUCUUGUUUCUGCUUCCUGUUUGGUAAAUGGUUGUGUCCGCUGUAGGGCAUAGAAGUACACCUGUAUAUAUGGAGAAGGAAAGUCUCGUUGGAUCUUAUUUGCUCUGUUUUUACCAUCCAAAAUAAAGUUGGGCUUUCGUUAUCUACAAAUAUUCUUAUCUCAUCAAUACAAUAUACGA